AUGGCGGAAGGGGAGUUGGACGUAGACUCGCUUAUCUCCAGGCUUUUGGAAGUGCGGGGGUGUCGCCCGGGGAAGAUCGUGCAGAUGACGGAGGCGGAGGUGCGGGGGCUCUGCAUCAAGUCCCGCGAGAUCUUCCUGAGCCAGCCCAUCCUGCUGGAGCUGGAGGCGCCGCUCAAGAUCUGCGGUGAUAUCCACGGGCAGUACACAGACCUGUUGCGGCUCUUUGAGUACGGGGGCUUCCCCCCGGAGGCGAAUUACCUGUUCCUGGGGGACUACGUGGACCGAGGGAAGCAGUCGCUGGAGACCAUCUGUCUGCUGCUGGCCUACAAGAUCAAAUACCCCGAGAACUUCUUCCUGCUGAGGGGCAACCACGAGUGUGCCUCCAUCAACCGCAUCUACGGCUUCUAUGAUGAGUGUAAGAGAAGAUUCAACAUCAAGCUGUGGAAGACCUUCACCGACUGCUUCAACUGCCUGCCCAUCGCUGCCAUCGUGGACGAAAAGAUCUUCUGCUGCCAUGGAGGUCUGUCCCCCGACCUGCAGUCCAUGGAGCAGAUCCGGCGCAUCAUGAGGCCCACUGAUGUUCCUGACACAGGACUGCUGUGUGACCUGUUGUGGUCGGAUCCCGAUAAGGACGUGCAGGGGUGGGGGGAGAACGACCGCGGCGUGUCCUUCACCUUCGGGGCGGACGUGGUCAGCAAGUUCCUCAACCGCCACGACCUGGACCUUAUCUGCAGAGCACACCAGGUUGUGGAGGACGGUUACGAGUUCUUUGCAAAGAGGCAGCUGGUCACUCUGUUCUCCGCCCCCAACUACUGCGGCGAGUUCGACAACGCGGGCGGGAUGAUGAGCGUGGACGAGACGCUCAUGUGCUCCUUCCAGAUCCUGAAGCCCUCUGAGAAGAAAGCCAAGUACCAGUACGGAGGGAUGAAUUCAGGGCGGCCCAUCACCCCACCACGUACAGCUGCACCCCCAAAGAAGCGGUGAAGAAAGAGAGAGGGAGAGAAAGAGAUCGUGGGGAUUGAAAAGCAAACGGCUCAGCCUUCUCAGAUAAAAGUGAAGCAUUAACUGAAACCGAAACGACCCCCGCACCGUUUUUUUUCCUGAACUGUUUUCUGUAAGAUGCACAUGUCCUCUCUGCAACAGCCUGUUCUGUCCCGUUAAAGACAGACUAUUUAAAAAGCAGCCACUCCCGAUUCCCGAUCGUCUGCCCCUGGUGCCUCUGCAGGGUUUCCCCUACAAACCGAUAGCUUUCCCGCUCACAGAACGGCACAUUUCUGAGCUCUCUUCAGUUUACCAGGGAUUUCCCCCCAUCUAAGUGAAAUAAUAGGUAAUGACUGCCGUUUUUUUUUCUUUUUUCAAUAAAUAAUUUGGGGAAUCGUGUGCUUUGUGGUUGUUUUU